AUGCCCUCUUUUAAUUUUCAUCCCGGAUUUGCCGGUCACGGCAUGCGGUGCAAUCCAUGGCAGCCAACGCAGUACAUUCUCACGGCGGCCGAGCACUUUGGUGUGGUAGGGUCAGGGAAAGUAUAUAUUGUAAACACGGCGCCGGGGGUGCCACCGGGGUCUCCUGUUUCUCUUUUGGGAUGUUGGGGAACGAGCGACGGAGCGUUUGAUGCCUGCUUCAGCGAAGUUGACCAAAAUAUUGUGGCUGUAGCAUGCGGUGAUGGUGUGAAGCUAUACAACGUACAGCAAUCUUUAAAUCUUGAUGGUGCUCCACCUUUAGUGCACAUUAUGGAGCAUCAAGGGGAGGUAGCGGGGGUGACGUGGAAUCGUGAUAACUUUCUUUCGUGCAGCUGGGAUGGAUCUGUGAAGAUUUACCAGGCAGCGAACCCGAAUGCGUCUUGCAUGACAUUUCAAGAACAUAUGAAAGAGGUGUAUGAGGUUGCCUGCUCCACACGUAAUCCCGCAUCAUUUUUGUCAUGCUCUGGAGACGGUACCUGGAAGCUGUGGGACGCACGGACACCGCGCUCCGUAUUGACUCAGGUUGGGCACAACCAUCAGAUUGUUCUCAGCAUUGAUUGGAAUAAGUACGACGGGUGCCUUUUUGCUUCUGGUGGUGUGGACCGUACAGUGCGGCUAUGGGACCUUCGCCGGCCAACGCAGCCCCUUGCUUCACUUCCCGGACAUGAGAACGCCUGCCGCCGUGUGCGCUUCUCACCUCACUCACGCGUGCUGCUGGCAUCAGCUGGCUAUGACUGCCGAGUCUGUAUCUGGGACCUCAACCAACCACAGCGUCCCCUUGUUGGUCGCUACGCCCAUCAUCGCGAGUUUGUCGUUGGGCUUGAUUGGUCGCUGGCCGUGCCCAACGCGCUUGCUUCCGCGUCUUGGGACGGACGGGUUUUCUUCUGGGUGAGCGGGCAGCAGGUAACGCCGUCACCGCCAUUGCCACAACUCCCUGCCGCUGUGCCGCCGCCACGAGUUCGGGUGCCACGGAAUAAAGUGCUCCCGGGACUUCCGCCUGCGCCCCCUGCCAUCCCCGUUCAGCAGUAG